UUGAAUCAGUAUUACAAUUCAUUCCGAAUCGGUACAAUAUUGGAAGUUUUGUGUGUUACACGCGUCCAUUGAAAGAAACAUUUUUUUUUUAAACAAACGUGAUAUAUAGUUUUUUGUUUCAGUACAACAAAAUAGAUAUAACACAUAAUAGUCCAAUAUGAAUUCGAAAGUGAUUUGCUUUUUCGUGCUCAUCGCCGCUGUUCACUCAGCUCCACAACACGAUCAACCAGCACGGUACCCAGCUGGUGUAAAUCCAGCACUUUGUCCAGGCUUCCCAAUUUGCGAUAACUCAUUGUUGCACGGAACUCCACCAGUUCCAGCAGCUCCACACGCUGCUUACACUGGUAGCCCAGCCUGGAAUCACGGUGCACAAUCAUAUGCUUACCACUCAGCUCCAGCUUACAAUCAAUGGAAUCAACCACAACACUAUGAUGCUCAUGACUAUGAUUACUCCACCAAUGACAUCAACGGACCAGGUGGUGACAAAUACCCUGCUGGUGUAAACCCAAGCGCCUGCCCUAACUAUCCAUACUGCGAUAACGGAGCCGCUUCUCACUAUGCACCUGUUGCUACACCAUUGGCAGGAUACGCAAGUCGGCAAUACCCAGCUGGUAUCUCACCCGCUGCAUGCCCAAAUUAUCCAUACUGUGCCUAAGUUAUAGUUCAGGACCUGAGCAUUUCUAUGUUCAAAAAUAGUUCUUAACCGCAUCUAUCUACUUUGCUUUUGCUGUUUCACCACACACACAUACACUCUCGCUCUCUCGCUUUCUUACUGUUUUCUUCCCCUUUUCUGCAUUUUUUGUGCUUCGAAUUUCUGUACACAUGUCUUGUUACUAACAAUCUCUAAGAUUCCUUUGUUUUUCCCUUUUAUAUGUGUUUCAUCAUCUCACGUAGUCUAUUGAUGCAAAAGAAAUUAUUAAUUUUUUUGUUCAGAAGUGCCAAGCCAAAAUUCGUCUCGACAAACGACAAUUUUUGUUUUGUUUUAACUUAGACAAUCAGCUAAAUGGAGAUUUCACUGAAGCUAUGAAAAAAAAUAAACGAAAAACGUGCACAAACUAUUUUGAAAAUACUCAAGGAAUAAAAUACUCGAAAACAUAAAUUAUCUACGCUCAAAUAAAAUUAAGACAAUCAAAAGUGAUUUGGACGAAAAAAACAAACGACCAAACGAACCGAAAAAAAACUUUUUCAAAACAUCAUCACCAAUCUGUGUUCUAUACCGACCUAAACAUCACGAAAAUACCAAUUUUCUCAUAAACGGUCUGUUUCUUCUAGCCACUUAACACAUUCAUUUUUUUUCUCUUCACUUUGAUAACAAAUUUCGACUUUCCCUCCCAUCCCUCUCUCUCUCUCUCUCUCCCGAGCCACUCCGCCGAGAAAGAGAGACGUAUAGCACAUUACAAAACAUCCGAUCUGUUUUAUCUGUGUAUUUUAUUUUAUUUUAUUUUAUGUACAAGAGUGGAUUUUAUUUUCAACUCUUGCACCACGUCUCUCCACCUCAUGUAACUAACAAAACGACAUCAUGUACUUUGAAUUUUUCUGUAAAUGCUCAAUAUAUUUUGUAAGCAAAAACAAUAACAACGGAAAAUUCCAGUUUCGAAACAUUGACCAUUUCACUUGGUUCUCUUGUAAAAUUCGAUUUAUAAACAAAAAAUAGAUUAGAACAAUUUUUGAGCUUAGAAUAAAAUUGAAAUAAACAAAAAAAA